AUGUCGGAUCCAUCGCCACAUGAAUGGGAGUUGAAUCGCGAGAACAUUCGUCCUCUUCGAGGCGGUAGAAAGGCCGAUUGCCUCACGACAGUCGCUGUUGGGGUGAGCGAGCAAAAAUGUGAGGCACAAAAGCGUUUUGAGGGAACACUGGAGGCGGCCAAAAACUCGGACAAUCCGCUCGACAUGCUUCUCGAUUAUGUAACAUGGUUUGAGCAGUCUUUCCCCACAGUAGAAUCUGUAAUAUUGUGA